AAAAAGCUGCAGCCAUGGAGAAAAUCAUGAAAUACCCCAAGCUAACACAUUUUUUAAAACCAGCAGUUCCGGCUAGCAGUGUUUUGAUAUCAACAAAUAGUUUUGAUUGUGAUUAUUUGGGUACUAGACUAGAGUCAAAUGGGUUAAUCUAUGACUCAAAUGCAAAGUCAAAUGUAAGUCAUGGUUUAAUCUGUGAAUCAAAUGCCACAACAAAUCCACUAAUAUUUCUCAGUGAUGAUCCUUCUGAUUGGCCUGAUAAUGUUUCUGACGCUCAGAAGUGUGAUGUUGUUAAACGAGGUUUAAAAAAGAUUGAAAUCGACUUUCCAAAAAAUUCAGAAAGAAGACGAUUUUCCAUGAGUUAUUAUAACCGCAAAAUGAAAAAUGGAGAAAUCUUUGAAAGAUCAUGGCUUAUAUAUUCUUUAAAUAGUGAUAAAGUGUUUUGUUUCUGUUGCAAACUUUUUGGGAUAACUUCUUCACAAUUUCGAAAAGGAAUAAACACGUGGGAAGGCUUAUCAAAAAAACUUAAAGAACACGAAACAUGCAGUGCACAUUUAAAAUGCUUUGAACAUUGGAUGACAUUACGAAAAGGUCAACAAUGGUCGAUGAACGUUUGUCUUCCCUAGCAAUGCUGUCAAUCGAGAAC